AUGUUGAAUGUCCAAGUUACAGUGACUGAUUACAUCAGAUUUCGCACUGGGAUUGGAAAAGCAGAGGGAAAAAUGAAUCUCUCCCGAACUAAGGAUAUUCCGCUUCCUGAUUUACUCUGUGGGAGGCCAGAUAGAGUUACCUCGAAGGAGCCACAUUUUAUGCUGCUGCUGUUUUCCAUCAUUUUUGUGUCAGGAAUGUUGAGGGUUUUAUUAAAGAAGUAUGAACCAGCUAUCCUGACAAGUCUUUCUCUUUUGGGAUUUUGCAUAGGACUCCUGGGCCGUGAAUUUAAUCAGAUGCAACAACUUCUCUACCCUCUUCUAAAAACAAGUAAUUACGUAUUUUUAAAUGCUUUCUUACCAUUAAUGACCUUUAUGGCUGCUUUAGAAAUGGAUUUUUAUAUACUCAAGAACAUAUUUUGGCAGAUCUUAAUAACUGGAAUUACAAGCUUUGCUGCAGCUUUCAUUUUAAUUGGAUACAUUGUUAUGAAAUUCAAUAAGGACAAAUGGGAUAUUCAAUCUUGCAUACUCUUUAGUAUUACUAUUGGCAUUACAGAUCCUCUUCAAUCUGUGAAUCCCUUGAAAACGAUAGGUGUUUCCAAGAUAUUAAUUGAUAUUAUUAGAGGAGAAUCAUUGAUCAACUGUGGUAUCAGUAUUAUAAUUUUUGGGACUGUUAGAAAUUUUGGAAAAUGGACUUCAGUGUUCAAAGAGUUAUACACAAUAGGAGGUAUGAUUAUAGAGAUUAUUGGAAGUCUCAUAGUGGGAUCGUGGAGUGCAAAAAUCAUCCAAUACAUGCUGGCAGACAUAUUUGGUGAUACAGUGAAUAAUGUCAUUCUUUGCUUCUCAACAGUAUACUUGACUUUCUAUAUUGCUGAAUUUCUGGGACUUUCAGGCGUUGUUGCUCUAAUUGCUCUUGGGCUCCUUUUAGAUUCCUUAAGCUUUAGGCCAGGGAUUGAUAUCACAAUUUCUAAGUUCUUAUUCAUGCUGUCAUUUUCAUGCCAAUCUUUCAUAUUCACUUUCAUUGGCAUUGUGAUUGGGUGUGAAGAUGUUAGGCACUUGGAAUUUCACAACGUAACUUUCAUCAUAAUAUUAUUUGUAACAGUGAAUGUUACAAGGAUGAUAACUAUUCUGCUAGUAAGCCCUAUAUUUCUACAUUCUUAUUGUGAAUUCAAUUGGAGGUGGGGAAUUAUUAUCAUCUGGUCUGGCAUUAAGGGAUCUUUCAGCUUAAUCCUGGCUCCUGAUAUCCAUAACUUGAAUGAAGAAAAAGUAGAAUUACCACAAAUGUUUCUAAUCUAUGUACUGGCCAUAUCUGUAUUGAGUAUGCUGAUAAAUUCAACCAUGGUGACUCACUCAGCGAUGACAUUAGGUCUUUGUGUUAUUUCCCUCCCAAGACAACUGGCAAUGCAAAAUGCCAUUCUACACAUACAAGAGGUGAUAGAGAAUGCAAUUAUAUUAUCUAAAACAGAAAACAUUUUGACAAAUAUUAUUUGGUCCACAGUAGAAGAAAAAACCAAGAUUGAUUACUCUAAUAUUGUGCCUAUUGAUCAUUUUUCUGAAAAUACUGAAAAAAAUGAUUUAUCUCCAACAGAUGAAGAUUUAAUGGAAGAGGCCAGAUUGCAUGUAGCUAUAAUACAGAUGAGUAGUUUUGAAACGCAGUAUAAAGACGGAAGCCUCACAGAAGCAGCAGCUCGGAUAUUAAUUGGAGCAUCCAAAAACUAUGGGACUGUCCAAGGAAAAUUCAUGAGUAUUCAUGAUGUCUCAACUUAUGUAAAAGCUAGAAGCUGGCUUAUGAAAGUUAAAAAAAUAUUAGUUUUUUUGUCAUAUCAUAAAGACAAGGUGCACUUUCUCCCAACUGGGAAGUCUAUAUUUAGGGCUUUUAUAUAUGAAAUUGUAUUUUCAGAUGAGUUUCAGUAUACAGGAUACAUUGUCACAAUAUUAUACGUCUAUCCCAUGAUAAUACAUCUAUGGCCAACUGUAAGAGAUUCCUAUGUGGGGGGACUGAUAAUCGUAAACUACUAUUUUGUUUUCUUGUGCAUAAUAGAAGCAACACUAAAGAUAAUAAUUAUGAAAAACAAAUAUUUUCAUCACAGUUGGAACCAUCUGGAAUUUUGCGUCAUCAUUUUUGGACUCAUCGAUAUCAUUUGCUUACACUUAGUCAGACAGAAACCAAGAGAUAUUAUCCUAAUUCAAUGUUCGGUAAUAUUAGGAUUUUUAAGAAUAAUAAGAUUUCUUCGUAUUUUUAAGAUGUUGCUACCAACACUGAUAAAUGUAACUGAAGAACAGAUCAAAAAACGCCUUAGCUUGAUGUAUUGUAUUACAAAGGGCUAUAUCCAAAGUCAAGAGGAUACAAAACUGUUAAUUAAACAGAUUUCUACUCGAGAAUCCAUAUUUCAGCAACUUUAUGAAAUUUUGGAAAGGAACAAGCGUGAAGCUGUCAAAGAGCUAGGCCUGAUAGAACGUGAGUGCCGAGAAGUUGUCAUUGCCUUAAAAACCAAGCAAGCCAUCCGGAAUGUGCUUGGUAAGGCGCUGAAAAAUCUAAGAUUCCUUUGGUCGAGGGGCAUAAUUGAUAAAAUUGAAGGAAGCAAGAUGAACAAGCUAUUUCUUGCCAAAAUAAAAUCGCUGAACAACUUUCCAAUGACGAUCCCUCCCCCUACUCCUGAGAAGUUCCUUCACAAUAUUGUUUGGCUGGAGAAUAAAGAUGUUCUCAUUGAAUUCUUUAAGGAAAAAGCCCAACUUGCUUGUUUUGACUAUGGAGAUAUCAUAUGUAAAGAGGGUGAAAUGCCACAAGGAAUUUAUUUGAUUAUUUCAGGAAUGUCAAGCCUAAAUGGCUCAUUUCUUCAUUUUGGGAUUCAUCCUAAGCUGAGAGCAGAGGCAAAAUUACCCGCAACAUUUACAGAAUACGUCACGAGUGGCGAUAUAAUAGGAGAAUUGAGUUGUCUGCUUAAAAGAGAAAUGGGUUAUACAGCUACCUGUGAAACCAUUUUGCAGGCCUGCUUUAUCUCUCUAGAAGAUUUAUAUGAAGGUUUUGAUGUAUUUUGGUCAUUCUUAGAAGACAAAGUGUGGGUGAAAGUUGCACUCAACAUAGCAAAUCAAUAUAUAAAGGCGGGUAUAAUGGGUGAGGAAUUAACAUAUCAGAGGUAUUUAGAAGAAAAUAAUAUGUACAUGGAAAAUUUAUCAAGCUAUAGUGAGCUGUCUAUUUAUGAUGAGACUAUACAAUAUGUUCUCAUUGUAUUUGGAAGUGUGAUUAAUGUUGUUACUGAGGAACCGUAUUUUGCCCCCAGCUUAAUACCUCCAUCAUGUUUUCAGAUUCAAGGUACAUCUGAUAUAAACAAACUGCUGAUUGUACGAAAAGAAGACGCUUCUUUGAAAAAUGAGAGUUUAGAAAAGCAGUGCUUUGAUCCUGAGAAAUGCCACCAAUAUUGUAGGAGAUUUAUAGACGAGAAAAGGAUCUCUACAAUUACCCUGAACUGGAGAAGCCAGACAACCUGCUGUGAGAACAGGACCACAACCAGACCAGAGUGGUAUCCAGACAACUCUAUGACUAGAGCUAUACCAAAAUUUUAAUGAGUCAGAACCCC